AUUUGAAUGGGAGUAGCUGGUUUCAAUGUCAUCCAUCUUCCCCUUUCCGACUGACGUCGAAUACCAUCCUCUUUCCUUCCCUUCCAAAUUCACAGUGAAUCCUCCUCAAAGAACCAUCCUCAAUUUUAAAGCAGCGGAUUCAACAUGUUUCAACCACGAGUUGUACGCAAAUAUCGCCUAUCUGAAGAUGAUUCUUACAAGAAAGUCAGCGAAGACUUAGUAAACACAAAUACAUUAAUGUUUAUUAUUAAUUGCUGUAUUUUAUUCAUAUCUUUGAUGGUUAUUAUCUUGGGAUCAACUUAUAAGUAUCACGAAAAAGAAGAAUUAGUCAAUUGGCUUUAUUUUGCUUCCGCUCCUGUAUAUCUUGUGCUCAUGGUUUUUGUGUGUUUUAAACUCUACAAAUGUACACGGACACCAAGAAAGGAAAAGGAGAGGCGCGAUAGGGAACAGCAAUUAUCAAAUGUACAAACCAAUGGCCCUUCAAAUCUUCACCCUCAUCCUCAGGAAAGCCAGCCUUUACCGGAAUACACUGAAACAAACAAGUAAAGAAGUGCAAGACAGGGUUGAAGAUAGUCAUGCGAAAUUUUAUGAGGAAAUAGAAAAUCUACCAUCUAAUCUGCAGUUGCUAAUUUUUUGGUUUUCGCCUGAAUUCCAUUCUACUUGAAAUCUGUCAUAACAGUGUUUGGGAAUAGAAGACUUCAUUGAGGUUGAAAUUUAAGACUGCGUAUUCAGUCGAUAACUUUAUGACAAUAAACUUUAUGAUAAGAGCGGACUAAGAUAGAGCAGCCUUCAAUGAACAUUACGCUUUUCAGUGGUUGCAUAGUUCCUUUUAUUUACAUUCCCAUUUUCAAAAAAUCGAAAAUGUUAUACGCUAUGGAAGUGCUGAACUUGAAACCGUGGUACAUAUUCCUCUGUGUAAACUUUUCGUAAAGACUCGAUGAUGGAUUCGGCUCAAAAAAAGGCAACCAGGAAAGGAAAACCUCCUUUAUUGAAUGAAGGAUGUUUUCAAAAACUUUGAAGAGGUCAAUGUUUGAGAAAUAUCUACAGGAGCUUUUCCUGGUCGAAUUAGUUGAACGGUCAUAAUAACAUACUUAAGGAUUUGAUAUAUUCUAAUAAAAGUUCAAGUCCCACGAAUUCUUAUUUAUUUGGCAACGAUCAUGAAAUCAUAUGAACAUACUUUAAUAUGAAGUCGUCACUCCGCUACUUGGUAAGUAAUGUUCAUUGAUAUAACUAGUGUUUAUUUUAAUCUGAUUAAACAUAUUUUAGAAUAAACCAUAUUGUAAUCUAUAUAAACUUGAGAUGAUCAAUUCAUGCUUCUAUAUAAGGCGUGUCACUCUAGUUUCACCUUGUUUUCUUUACAACAAAAUAAUGUUUCGCUGAAACUUUGUAACACUGAAAGUUUACAAAAUUUCUAUUUAGACCUAAUACUACAGAAACACUUCUUAAUCCAUUUAUAUCUUUUGAAAUAAUUUUCCUCUCGGCGAAGUGUUCAUUGAAUUGAUUUAACAUAUAUAAGAAAAGCACAAAAACAAAUAGAGAAUUUUUUUCUGGGGA